UUAUGUUCUAUAAUCGUAGUGAUUGUUGUGGUUGUAUCACAAAUAAUCUGUUGGAAAUUUAUUUAUUUAUAACAAUAAAUUAGAAAUAUGAAGUAAAAUGCUUAUGAAAAAAUGAAAAAGCCAUUGUUAAACGGGCAUGUCAUUUUACUGUCAUUGUUAUUUAGUAAUUAAAAAAUAGGAAACUUUUCUAUGAAAUCUUGCUGUCAAUUUUUACAAUUAUGUUAUCAAAAUCCAAAAUAUUCGUGUCCUGUCAAAUUAAAUGGUAUUCAACUGGGACAAGACCUCAAUUAUUGGAAACAGUUAAUUCUUUACUUGAAAAAGAGGAACUAAAGCAUAGACAACAUCCUGGAAUAAUAAAAAAAAAUGUAAUUACUUUACCCACGCCAAUUUCCGAUGCAAUAAACAUUAUUUUAGAAGAUUAUCCAAAUAAAAAAAGUUUUCCCGCAGAAAGUAUUAAAUUUAAAAAUCAUUUACACGGUCGUCAUUUACCUUUAGAAGAAAAUGAGAGAAAUAAAUUAUACGAAAACACACACGAAAAGUAUCUAAGAAAGAAAAAGUUUGAAAAUUUUAGCACUGAAGAGUUAAAUCUUCAAAGAAAAAAAAAUGAACGAAAGGUUUCAAUUUUUGUAAAACAAUGGGCCAAUCAUUGGCAAGAAACAGUUUACGAUAAUCAUAAAAGUUUAUUAUACAUGAUUAGUAGAAGUGUACCGAACUAUGCAGUUUUACAUGCUAUUUUUAAUGAAAUUUGUAUUCGCGAUAAGAAAUUCCAACCAAAAACGGUUCUUGAUUUUGGUUCAGGAAUUGGAAGCACAAUGUGGGUAAUAAAUGAUCUGUGGCCGAAAAAAGUAAAUGAAUUUGUGAAUGUCGAUAUUUCGAAUGAAAUCAACACACUUUCUGAAUAUAUUACAAAAAUUCUUUAUCCAAAUUUCUGUGGAAUUUUUUAUCGACAGUUUAUGCCAAUGUCCCUGCGAGAAAAUUAUGACAUCACAGUGAGCGCAUUUUCUCUAAUUGAAUUACCAAAUACGAAAAGUAGACUAGACACAGUUAUGAAACUUUGGAAAAAAACAAAAAAUUAUUUAGUCAUUGUUGAAGAAGGAACAGAUGCGGGAUUUCAAAUUGUAACCGAGGCUCGAGAUUUCAUUUUACAUUUAUCGAAUUUAAAUACCAAAGACGGCAAAUCAAAAGAAACUCAUGUCUUCGCUCCAUGCCCUCAUGAUCUUGAUUGUCCAAAGACAAAUAUUUGUUAUUUUGAAGCAGGAUAUAAUUCUUUACCAUUACUGGGAAAAUUAACGAGAUACGAACGUUAUUCAUACGUUGUAUUUAAAAAAGGUGAUAAAUUAGAAAACGAUGUCAAUUGGCCUCGAUUAAUUAGUAAACCUUUGAAAAAAGGAGGACAUGUAAUUUGUCGAAUGUGUAAUAGUUCUGGAAAUUUGAGAGAAAUUAUUUUCUCGCGUAAGAACGAUGGAAGGAAUCUUUAUCGUUGCGCAAAACUUUGUAAAUGGGGCGAUCGAAUUCCAUUAGAAACGAAUACUGAAAGUAAUACAAAUGUAGUUAUUGACAGUAAAUGUGAAAACGAUGAAAAUAAUAGUAGUAUAGAGACAAAAGAAUAUAAAGAUGAUAAUAUUACUGAAUAUAAAGACGAAACUAUCAAAUAAAGUGACGAAGAAAUGGAAAAAAAUGACAUUUAUCACAGGAUUGAAAAUUUUGUUACCAAUGUCAUAUAAACUGUAAGUAAAAUGUAUAGUAUUUUUUUCAAUCAUUACGAAAAGUCAAUAAAUACUUUUCAAAUUUUUUACACAA